CAUCACAGUGCAUCCAGCUGAAAACAGCAGAUACAGACUGGAAUGACAGAGUGGACAGAGGCAGGAAGCGGGGAAGGCAAAGGGUUUUUCACCUAACCUGAGAGUACCACGCAGCAUCUUACUCAUAAGCUUCUUCAUUUGUUGUAUUCUGAACUGAUUGUGCAGCCAGGGACAUAUAUUUUAGAGCCAAAGAAGAGAAACACAGUAUACUGGUAUGUCCAAAUCAUCCUUGGAAUCUGCCCAAAUUGCCAGCAGUCACUCUGGAAACAGAACUUUAAAAACUUUUUGCACCCUGGAGAACAUAGCCGCUGGAAAGAGAUUUAAAAGAACUAUAGCUACAAUACAACAUCAGAUUUAAGAUACCCAUACUCCUUGCUUGCAAAUGUGUGAUCUUCCAGGGCAGAGGAAGGACAGACGGUGCGCUUACCUCAGUGCAUAGACACUGUGAUCCAAAGUACAAGUGACCCAGAUUAGCACGUCAACUCUGAGAAUGCUUCACUCAACAGUCAACUCCACCAAUGCCACCAUCAAUGUUGGGACUGAACUUAAGCCAACCAACACAUCCGACACUGUUAUGGACGUUCCAGAAGAGCUCUUUCUGUUCCUGUGUGUGUUCAGUUUGCUAGAAAACAUACUUGUGGUCAUUGCCAUUUUUAGGAACCACAACCUGCACUCUCCCAUGUAUUAUUUCAUCUGCUGCCUGGCUGCAUCUGAUAUGCUUGUAAGUUCUAGCAACCUAGGUGAGACCCUCAUCAUUUUUAUGCUUAAGCAAGGGAUUAUAAAAUCUGAGCCACUGCUUGUCAAAAAAAUGGAUUAUAUAUUUGAUACAAUGAUCUGCUGCUCUUUAGUAACCUCUCUCUCCUUUCUUGGGGCCAUUGCAAUUGACCGAUACAUCACCAUCUUCUAUGCCUUGCGCUAUCACAGCAUUAUGACACUGCGCAGAGUAGUUAUUGCCAUAGGCGUGAUCUGGUCGGUCAGUUUAGUUUGUGCGGCCAUAUUCAUUGUCUAUCAUGAGAGUCGUGCUGUCAUCUUAUGUCUUAUUGUAUUUUUUCUCUUCAUGUUGGCCUUGAUGGUGGCUUUAUAUAUCCACAUGUUUGCUCUGGCUCGCCAGCACGCACGUAGCAUCUCUGCCCUGCAGAAGGGGAAGAGUAGGAGAAUUACCCCACAUCAAGCUAGGGCAAACAUGAAAGGAGCCAUAACACUAACAUUGUUGCUUGGCGUCUUUUUUCUUUGUUGGGGGCCUCUGUUCCUCCACCUCACUUUGUUUGUGUCCUGCCCCGGUCAUCAUAUUUGCAAUAGCUAUUUUUACUAUUUCAACAUCUACCUCCUUCUUGUCAUCUGCAAUUCUGUUAUUGACCCCUUAAUCUACGCCUUCAGGAGUCAGGAGCUAAGGAAGACCCUCAAGGAAAUUGUCUGGUGCUCUUGGUGACAACUCAGGUUGGGGAAGGUGCUGGCAGAAAGCUAAUGGCAGCUGGGGUUUAAUAAGAAUGUCUGAGUACUUUUUCCCAUCUCCACUAGCCACAAAUAAUGAAUUUCCUGACACUCUGAGAGAUUUCAAGACUUUCUUAUGCUGAAUAAAGCAUAUUAAGUUAAGGCUAAAAAGCUCCAUAAUCCUAAAUCUAUUUCUUCUCUAGAAUGUUUCACAUAUGGUUAAUAGAGCAAACCAUACUGAUAACAGGAAAGAGCGCUUGUAAUACCAACACAGUCUGAGCAGCAAGAUGCACCAGGUAUGACAUUGCAGGGAAGACUCAUAUCUGAGUAGUAAAAGGGACAUUAGAUUCACCUAUAAGCAAACAAGGGCCAGCAAGACAUGGCAUAGAGAUGGAUUCUUGCAUAUGAAGGCUUUGAUAGCACCUCCUGUAAUAAUGAUGAGCAGUGACGCUGUAGAAGCCAUUCAGAACUGAAAUCACUUAGCAGACGUGUGGUGUUUGUCAUUGCAUAGAUCAAAGAUGGUGUUUCCCUCUGUUCAUGGAGAGGUUACCCUUCCUUAAAGCAAUAAGAACAGCAUUUAUAGUAAACUCCAUUUUCUGCAUUCCACUAAACAUGUUGUAUAAGUACUUGGCUAUCAUGUGCUUUGUUAUAUAAAUGAACAGCUCGGCAGCAACAUCCGCUUACGCAACAAGAAAAAGGUCUUGUCCCCAGGAUGCAUGGAUAUGGUAACAGUAACUGUCCUCCAGACAUUCCAAGAAGUACAUUUUCCAAGAAGUACAUUUUCCUGAUUCUGCUAAAGGGAAAAUACUACUUAAAAUAUUUCUACUUUGAUAGAAGAUUUGAAACGAUACACUCUGGCCGUAAAUUUGCUGAAGUGCCGCACCUAGGAUUGAUGUUGGUAGCCUUGGUCUCCCUGCAGUUUGGAUGCCAAACAUUGCAGACCUUCGCUUUAUAUGGACACCGCACUAAAUAUUAUCUUUCAGUAUGACAAAAUGGACAACACAUUGCACUAAACAGAACCUUUUGUAAUGCCAAGGCCCCCAUUAAUUGACUGUUUAAGUCAUCUUCAAAGUACCAAGGCAUAUCUAAUGCUCCUAAAUCUCUCCCAAUUUUAAGAGGAUUUGCAGUAAUCCAUCGGAUUAAAAUCUAAAAUAUUUUAUGCAAUACUUUCCUUUUAAAGGGGUGGUGUACCUUCAAGUUAUC